CAUUGUAUAGAGAAAAAAAAGGAACUUGAAAUACAUUGUAUAAUAUACGUACUUGAUGCAGAAAGUGUCAAACAUGGAUUAAGGAUGUCUACUAGAAAAAAACUAGAAGAUAUUGUUAAGGCAGUAAGAGAAGAACCAACACGGGUCGUGUUUCUGACAAAAAUCGACAACAUAAGCAGUGACGUAUAUAAAGAUAACAAAAAAAUGUUCUCCUGUGAUAAAGUAAAGAAUUUGGUGGCGCAGACAGCAGGAUUGAUGUCAAUAGAUGAAGGGUUGAUUUAUCCAAUAAGAAAUUACGUUAAUGAGCAAGACCUAAGCCUGGAGAUAAAUAUACCAUUGUUACUUGCAUUAAAGAAGGUUGUCGGGUUUGCAAGCGAUUGCCGAAUGGGAAAGACAUAUGACAAUAUUUCUUAAAGGUCGAAAAAAAUUGAAGACUAAGACAUGUAUGUCGUUCAAAGGUAAAAAUGCCAACAAUGACAGUUAUCGUGAAAAAAGAGUUUAAAAUGAUUAUAUGUUUAUAAGAUUAUACAAGGCUCCAGCUUUUUUAUGUUUAAAUAGUAAUCAUAUGAGCAUAGGAAACGAAAUUUAGCUUCCUCGUAAUACAUCACAAGCAUAUUCUGAUGACCUAAUGUAUAAGGUGAUCAACAGGUGACCUUAGCAUACCCAUGAUUUAAAGUGACAUUAUGCUCAUAUUUUCAUUGUCAAGUUGAGCUGAAUUUACUUUAUAUUUCAUAUGAUUUGCUGUUGAAAUGAUGUUUGACCAACAGAUUAUAUUGGAAAAUGUUUAGGAUAAAUUUAAAAUCUGCCUAAAAUAUAAAAAUACUGCCCCACUCUUUUUAUAAAUUGAAUGUUACAGGUAAAUGAUAUUUACUGCAAUUUCGUUUGAAUCUGGUGGUUAUUUAUUGUUUAUGCGAAGUAAAUCAUUAAAGUAAAAGGAAUUAAGGCAAAAUGAAAAUUUAUUUUGACUCUCACCUGUUCACUCACUAUAUACCUUUAGAUGGGCAUAAUGUCACUUUAAUAUAAAAACUAUUGUCAUGAAAUACGUACAUGCUGAAGAUCAUUAGAAGCUUAACAGCUGUCACAGGGAUAACACAUUAAGCAAAAUCGUUAAGAUAUAUGCGCCACCCCUAGAACUAUAUAUUAAACUCGUUCGCAUUUUAAAACACUCAUCUAAGCUGUAACUUCAUAAAUCUUACAACUUAUUAAAACAUUUAAAAAUUAUUGAACGAAAUAUAUGUUAAACCAUUACCAUUAAAGGACACGAAUUACCUAUUUAGCUUCCUCAAAAUUACAAAUGCAUAUAGUAACUCACAGUAUACACAGGUGUAAUUCAGAAGUAACUACAAAUGUUUGUGUUGAAUUUAUUAAGCCUAACUUUUUUCAAAUACGUGAUCGUAUAAAGACAUAACAAAAUUAGUUUUAAUCAUUCUCAAAAGUAGGUUUACAGAAAGUGAACUUUCCUUUUCAUACACAUGAUAUUCUUGACAAUCGACUUCA